GUUGUCUGGGUUUAUUGGUUGGAGUAUUUCGCCUGGUUCAGCCGCAAUUCACCAGAUAGCGACGGGUUUUCAGGACAUCAAACUGCCCACACUCUUCUCUCCACUAAGUACCCUGGGCUGUCAACUUCACUUCAUUCCGCUACACAGACAUCGAGUUCAUCUUGACGCUACAAAGGUUUCCGAAGGACGAGAGAGCCGUUCUACUUGAAGGAUGGAGCUGCACAGUUCGCAAGUUACAUUCAGGAUUCGCGGCGUGCCUCUCGACUGGAGCUUCAAGCAUCUAGAGUCGUUCUUAGCAGAACCUGACCCUCUUACCGUUCCUGUCGUCAAGUCUCUUGCUCGCGAGGUCCAUAACCGCUCCAGUACUGCAACUGUCACUUUUCGGGUUCUUCCGUCUCGACUUCAAGGCUCCAAAGCGGCUCAUUCUAGAUUCUGGGACAUACCCCUGCCUACAGGCUCUGAAGAUCUUGGACAGCCUGUUCGAACUCAAUACAUGACGAUUGACGAUGAUUUUGAGGGUGUCACUACUCUGUACAUGCCGCCAUCAGAGAGCCACAAGGUCGAUUUCGUUGCAAUUCCUGGCCUUGGCGGACACGCGUUCGGUUCUUUCAAAGAAAGGGGCGGAGGUCACAUGUGGCUCCGAGACUCUCUUCCAUUCCACCUUACAGAAGCGACAGAUCAACCUCCUAUGGCUCGGGUGAUGACCUGGGGCUACAAUUCCACUCUUGCUGGGAGUGAAAACUUCCAAAACAUCGAAGACCUGGCAGCGAAAUUCCGUACCAGCCUGCUCCCACUCGCUAGCUCUCCGACGCGGCCGAUCAUUCUGAUAGCUCACAGCAUGGGAGGAUUGAUUGCAAAGCAGGCUCUAGUCGACAUGUCCAAAUCCGGCACCCAACAAGACUCACGUAUCGUUCGGGCGGUGUACGGGAUCGCCUUCUUUGGUGUUCCGCACCUUGGCAUGGACACUGAAUCGCUAAUACCCAUGGUCGAGGACGGGCCGAACCUCCCUCUUCUUCGAUCUUUAGAUCGCAUUCAGUCGCAAAUGCCUAGUGUUUGCAGCAUGGAGUUCCCUACCGCCCUGGGUGGGAAGGGUGACUCUGAGAUUGUCUCUUUCUACGAAACACUCGUGUCGCCGACAGCAGAAAAGAAUGAAGCUGGGGUCUGGAAAAUGACUGGACCGGCCAAAGUUCUUGUCGCCAAGGAAUCGGCAACACACAGCCGCCCGUGGGAAGAUAAUUCGUCGUAUACGUGUCCCAUCGCCCGCACACACUCCAACAUGGUGAAGUUUGCACCUCAUGACCACGAGUACGAGAAUGUCAUCAAAAAACUCAAAGACCUUGUUACAAACUCGCUAUCGGCUCGGAACGUAGUACUCGAGAUUGAAAGAGAGCGAGAAAAGCAAUGGCAAGAGAACUCUUGUGGUGCUCCUAGACCUCACGUCAUACCUGUUGAGAGUUUCUCAAGUCUACAUGAGGGGGAUCUUGACCAAGACUAUCCGGGGCGUUUGUACUGGUACAGGGAGGCCCUUGGAGACCAAGGCUACCCCCUUGGAACGAGGGUUGAACAGUACAUCUUGCGACAUAACAAGGUCAAACCGGUUGGCAACACCAUCCUAACAUGUCGCCGGAUCGUCAACUUGCAGAUUCGCGGGCACGUCAAGUGGAUAGACCGUGGUCGAUACCGCUCUCGUUGGAUAUUCUGGUUUUUUGCAGGCAAAAACUGUCCUGGUUCAUCACAGCCUGUGCCUCGCUGCUGGUAUCCCAGUGGUCCACCAGAAAACACAAUCAGAGAAAGAUACUUUCCGGCUGACUUGAAUGAGGGGGGGACUUUGAUCCCGGAUUCUUCAUGGUUCUACCCCUGGAACUUGCGUUGCAGCGUUGGACGAGCAAAGAAUCCCCAUGAUUUUCUCGGUCAAGAUGUUGAUGUUGACAAGCACAAACACAUUCCUCCCGAACUCUUCCAAGAAGGCUAUAAAGAGAAAACGAUCGCACCUGGGCUCUGGAAUACGUUGAGAAAUACUGGCUGGUGUGAGGUGUUAGGGCCAGAAGUGGAAGUUGGAAGCGACGGCGAGGUGUUCUUGGUCAUCUCAAAAGACUUUGAAAGGCAAUGGAUUGGAGGAUUCUCGUUUGGAGGGGUCCGUCUGGAUCCUUGUUGACCCAGGACUUCCAAAUCUGGGCUUCUUCAAGAGAUUGUAGUCAAGUACAAAUAUGCCGUUCUCUAUCCGGCAACCAGCACGAUCCAUCGUGUCAGUGUAGGUCUAGUUUGUGUCUCAACGUGAUCUGUGGGCCAAGCUGGUAAA